AUGGAGGCGCUCUUCCUAGUCGUGGUGUCCCCCAAGGCUGAUGACCGCAACGCAUUCAAUGCAGCAUCACCACUGAGGUACGGACAUGUGCUCAAAAAGCGCUAUCAAGCAAACAUUCGUUAUCAAUACUCGAACAUGUUUCAACUUGGCAUUCAUAUCCGGUCGAAUGAAACCAGUGGCGAUGGAGCGAUAGAAACGACAAGUGCCACGCAAAGCGAACAGCUCGUGAAGUUGCGAGCCAGGUAUGUGUUCGACGAUGUUCUUGAAGACUUCCGUCGGAAGGACGUCGAGUGCGGCCUUGGGCGAAAGUAG